AUGGUCCUCCUUACGACAACCCCGUCAAUUCUCUCCGCAAUCUCGCUCCUCCCCCAAGACUCUCCCCUUCGCAGCUCUCCCCUCUCCUCUGACACCGAGCUUUCCCUCCCCACCAAUCUAGACACGCCCAUCUCGCACAAGACCCUCAUACGCCUCUCCCAAGCCCUUCGCUCCCUCCCCAGGCCCUCCCCAAGAAUAACAACAACAACAACAAUCAACCCUCAACAAGCAUCCUUCACCCUAAACAACCUACUCUACAACACGCGCCCCUAUCACCCUCCCGCACCCCCACCACCCAAACCAACCCCCGAAUACCUCGCCCUAAAAUUCCGCCUGCUCGCCGAAGCCCAACAACGCGAAUACAACGCCCUCCUCACCUCCGCUGAGAGACCACCCUCCCUCCUCGAUCACUCGUCUCCGGAUAGGGAUGCUGACCCCAUCUCCCCCUCCCUAGUCCUCAACAUCGCUCUCUCCAUCCUUCUGUGCGCCUUCUCCGUCUUCUAUGCCACGCGACACUGGCCCAACGACGGCGUUCGCGUCUUGCUUUCUUUGGGCGCUGGGAUUGUCGUCGGGGUGGCGGAGACGGUGGUUUAUGCGGCAUAUACGAGGAACGUGGAGACCGCUAGAAGGAAGGAGGGGGCGAGGAGGGAGGUUAAGAGUGUUCUUGUUGUGGAGAAGGCUGGGAUGGGUAGUGGGAAACGAAACGAGGGUGUUAAGGGGGAGGAGGAACAGGAGGAGAUUUGGGGGAAAGGGGUCAAUGGUGGAGUGAGGAGGAGGGUCAGGGAGAGGUGGGAGAAGGGAGAAAGGAAGCUGGAAGAGAAGAUGGAGAGGGUGAAUGGGAAGAAGUGA